AUGACGGCGCAAGUGUCACAAGAACAACUGGAAGUAUUGAGGGAUACGUUGCUCAACACAGCUGGGGAUGUACCUCUUCAUGCUAGAUUUAGAGCUUUAUUCAUGCUCAAAGCUGUUGGGGGAGAACAAGUGGUGGGUAUCAUAGCUGACGGUCUCAAAGACCCUUCAUCUUUGAUCAAACAUGAACUCGCAUACGUUCUCGGACAAAUGGGUCAUCCAUCCGCUAUACCCAUAUUAGAACAAGUUUUGAUCAACCCCGAAGGAAAACAUUGUCCAAUGGUGAGACACGAAGCUGCCGAAGCUCUUGGGGCUUCAUCCAGUCAAGGUAGUUUAUCGUUAUUGAGAGAAUAUCUGGAUGAUCCAGCUAGAGAAGUGAGGGAAACUUGUGAGAUUGCCAUUUGUAAGAUUGAGUGGGAUAUGAGUGAAGAGGGUAAGAAGAAGGAGAAGAAUCCCGACUUUCCAACUAUCGAUCCUGCACCUGCCAAACCCAAUCAGUCAAUACAAGAAUUACGGACAGAUCUGCUCAACACCGAACUUCCUUUGUUUGAGAGAUAUAGAGCCAUGUUCGCUUUGAGAGAUUUUGGUGCUGGUGAUAAAGUUGCCGUGGAAGCAUUGGCAGAUGGAUUUAACGAUGGUAGUGCUUUAUUCCGCCACGAAAUAGCAUACAUAUUCGGACAAUUAUGUUCCCCAUAUUCGAUCCCUUCCCUACUUUCACGACUCCGAGAUCCAAAAGAAGAAGAAAUGGUAAGACACGAAGCUGCCGAAGCGUUAGGUGGUAUAGCUUCUGAUGGUGUUGAAAACGAAGAAUCACCAUCAGAAAGAAGUGUUUUAGAUAUAUUAAAAGAAUGGGCUGUAAAGGAAGAUGCACCGGUUGUCGUUAGGGAAAGUUGUCAAGUCGCUAUUGAUAUGUGGGAGUACGAAAAUUCAAAUGAACAAUUCAACCCUCUGGAUCUCAAAGUUGCUACGACAGGGAUGGAAAGGUCUGCUCAUAUUGCCGUCACUGCCGGUUUAACUUCAUAA